GGUUUUUCUUGCGUGGUCAAGCAACACCACGAAGAGCGAAAAGAGACAGUAAGCAACAGAGGUAAACAGGUUGCGCAGUCGUGGCUUCUAGACGCGGGACACGAACACAGCCGCUGCGAUGCUGAACCACCUCUUGUCAACAACGUUCGUAGGACUCCUAUGCUUCUGCAUCUCUAAGGCGAGCAGCCCCUGCUUGCGUCAAACCGAAGGAAGAGGCGGAAAUGCGAUUCCCGGCAUUGGGAUAUUAGCGGUGCCGCUUACAAACUACAACAACCUACAGUACUUCUGUGACCUAAACAUUGGCUCUCCGUGGCAAUCCUUCAAAGCAGCCUUUGAUACGGCUGGCGCCAGCUGGGUGCUAUCUACAAACUGCAAAGUGGAUCUAGAAUUGUGCCGUGGUCGCAACAAGUACGACCCACGCGGUUCUUUCACCCACGUGGACGGCAUGGACGUCGCCUCCGCGCCGGUGGGAAACGGCACAGUGCACGGCACGGCGUCCUGGGACCGCCAGCAAGUGGCCGGCGUCACCGUGCCACGGAUGCCGUUCCUCCGUAUCGGUGACUACACGGGUCAGAAGGACAUCUUCUGGGGCACGCCAUCCAACGCAGUUCUAGGACUUGAACAGGGUCCUCUCUCCUUCUUCGGCACUCUGGUGCGCGAGCACCUCCUCGCGGAGCCGUGGCUUGGCUUGUACUUUAGUCGCGACGACGCGGUUGACGGGGAGGCGCUAUUCGGGGGUGCCAACAGCGAGCGGUACGAGGAGCCACUGACCUUUUUCCCGGCCCUCGGCACGUACUGGAAUUUCCAGCUGGAUGCAAUCGAAAUGGGGCAAUACGGCCACUACUGCUUCACGGGAUGCAUCGCCAGGCCAGCUCCAGCCGACCCUUACAUAGGAGGCCCACCGAUCGAAAUACAGCGCAUCAACACUGACAUCGGAGCCAUAAAGGUUGACAGCGGAGAGUGGAUGCUCAACUGCGACAGCAUCAGACAGUUGAACGACAUCAAAUUCACCAUUGGGACACGAACCUUCGUCCUGAAGCCGGAGCACUAUGUGGUUCAGCGCGACACCGCCAACGGCAAGCGCUGCUACAGUGGUUUCAUCGAGGCCGUCGAAAAGGGAGACGUCACAUGGCAUCUUGGUCACGUGUUCUUGAGGCGCGUGUACACCGUGCUCGAGUGGCCGACGAGCGGCUCGGGCUACGGACAAGUUGGGUUUGCCGACGCCCGCUGAACUCUUCUCUCAUCCGUGGAUACUUACGUCCUUCGGUAUUCCCCUCAGAGAUAUGUCGAAUUCAUCGAUCAAUUUUAU